AUGGAGACGACGAGAUGUUGUCGCUGCAUGAGCUGGUGGGAAGAAGAAGAAGAAUCCAUGAGCUCCAAGAGAGGGAGGUUGGCUGAGGAUGGGAAUAAGGUGGGCGCGGUGUGGGGCUGGGUUUUGUGUUUUUCGGGCGAAGGGGUGGGGCUGGACCUAGGGGUGGGAAUGGGUGUCGGGUUUGGAGGGAGAUGGGUUGGGAAUGGAUAUCUGUGA